GAAUGAGAGAAUACGACAUUUUAGGAGCCGGAUGGUCGCUGCAGGGAGACUGAGAGAGCGUACGGGGGAGGUCCGUCUUCGCGGCGGCGGGGAGGGCGUGACGCACCGGGGGCGGGUGGAGGUGCACCACGAGGGGACCUGGGGGACCGUCUGCGACGACAACUGGGGGAAGCCGGACGCCGACGUCGUCUGCAGACAGCUCGGGUUCUCACGGGGUUCUCUAAAGGCCACGAAUCGUUCUGCGUUCGGUUCAGGCGGCCUGGAGUUUUUGCUUGACGACGUAGGGUGCACGGGAGAGGAGGGCUCACUGGCCGACUGCCGACACCAGGGCUGGGGCGAGCACAACUGCCGCGAGAACGAGGCUGCAGGCGUCAUCUGCGCCACAAAGGAUGGUAACGGCCAGGAGUGCGACCUGAACGAGAACGGAUACUACGUUGGGAACGAGAACAUGACGUCAAUAGGCGGGGAGUGCCUCAGCUGGCACAGCCUGGUCAGCACCGGGAAGUUCCCGGAUGAAGCCGGGCUAGGGGACCACAAUUUCUGCAGAAACCCCGAUAAGGAUAUUCUACCCUGGUGUUUCUAUCGGAAACCAGACGGGAGAGUUCAGUGGGCCUACUGUACAUGUACAAAAGCCGUGCCCGCGUGGAUAGCGGCGAGCUCCGGGCGACGCUGGGUCCGGCCGAUGGCCCCGGCCACCCUGUUCGGCAACUGGAACCCGCAACCCGCCCAGAGCGCCUCUGUCGUGAACUGGCAGGGCCUGGCCGGAGUCCUGAUCUAUGGGAACGACGUGGUCGUUGCAAAUAACCAGGACACAGGCUACGACAUCCGGCUGAUCGAUGGCGACAAUGUGUACGAGGGUCGCGUGGAGGUUUUCCACGACGGCGAGUGGGGGGCCGUGUGCGACGACCUGUGGGACAUCAAGGACGCAAACGUCGUCUGCAGAGAACUGGGCUUUCCUGACGGAGCCGUAGAGGCGACGACCCGGGGAAGAUUCGGGCAGAGCAGCGGGAAGAUUGUUCUGGACGACAUGUUGUGCACCGGGACGGAGAUGUCUCUCAGGGACUGCAAGCACAACGGCUGGGGCCGGCAUGACUGUGUGGAAGCAGAAGCGGCAGGUGUCGUCUGUCGGUCCCUGACUCCACCGGGACCUCCGGUCACUGAGAGCACAGGUAUAGAUGCCGUGUUACAUACUACACAAAAACGUAACCGAUACACUUAUUCAGCCAACGUACUAGUAGCCAGUACUGCUGGAUGGACAAUGAUACGCAUCUGUUUGUGUGUUCGUGUGAACAGUGAAACUUUUUAUAAUGCAAACACGUACUGCACGCAGUCGCUGGGCUGUUACCCCCAUAACACAGCUUUGGCUGAGCACUACACUAGCAUUCAAACCUCCGUCACGGAGCCUCCUUCCGGAUCAGAAUCCGGAAUCAAUUCCGGUGGUGAGUCCGGAAUCAUAUCCGGGUCUGAGUCCGGAGGUGCCUCUGAUACCGAUUCCGGAGAGACCUCCGAGGCGGGCUCGGGCGAAUCCGGAAUAAUCACUAUUCCGGAAUCCGGAGAAACCGAGCAUGAUGACGUCACUUCCGCAGAGACCCGCCCAGAGUCGGAGGAGCUCCUCCCGGGCCCGACCAUUCGACUGGUGGGGGGGACGAACAGCAGGGAGGGACGGGUGGAGGUGUUUCUGGAUGGAAGAUGGGGGACCGUAUGCGACGACUCGUGGGACGAAAGGGACGCCCAGGUGGUCUGCAGGCAGCUCGGAUUCGGUGGUGAUGUCAGAGCCUGGUCACGUGCGCACUUCGGCCAGGGCACUGACCCCAUCCUCAUGGACGAGGUGAGCUGCCAGGGCACAGAAGCGACCCUAGCGGAUUGCGAGCGAGCUGCAGAGGACAGGAUGGACUGCCGGCACACAGAGGACGCGGGCGUGACGUGUGGGGUCCAAGAAGGUACAUCCGAGGAGUCUUCAGUCCCGGCCGCUGUCCGGCUGGUAGGAGGGAGCGUGGAGUCGGAGGGCCGGGUGGAAGUGUACCACGGCGGCGAGUGGGGAACCAUCUGCGACGAUAACUGGGACGACAGGGACGCAGAGGUCGUCUGCAGGGAGCUCGGCUUUGUUGGAGGCACGGCCAAAGCCUGGUCACGAGCUCGCUUCGGCAGGGGAACGGGAAGCAUCCUGCUGGAUGACGUCAUCUGCCGAGGGAACGAGGAGACCAUCGCAAGCUGCAGCAGCAACGGUUGGGGCGAGAACAACUGCGAUCACUCCGAGGACGCGGGCGUUACCUGCUCGGUACAACAAGAGUACCAGGUCCGGUUGGUCGGCGGAGACAGUGAGAACGAGGGCCGUGUGGAGGUGCUGUAUAACGGACAGUGGGGGACCGUCUGUGACGACCGAUGGGACGAGAAGGACGCCAAAGUCGUCUGCGCGCAGCUAGGCAUCGAAAUGGCCCUACCGAUCCGGCUGGUGGGCGGUUCCAAUGAGAAGGAGGGGCGGGUGGAGAUCUUCCACGGUGGGCAGUGGGGCACCAUCUGCGACGACCACUGGGACAAGAAGGACGCUGCUGUGGUCUGCAGACAGCUGGGAUAUACCGGGCGUGCUUUAGCUCGGACUGGUGCGUACUUCGGGCGCGGCGAAGGCGUGAUACAGCUUGAUAACGUGGACUGCGUGGGGACGGAGGACAGUCUGGAGCAGUGCUCGCAUCCCGCCUGGCAGGCACACGACUGUAGCCACAAGGAGGACGCAGGGGUCGUGUGCGACUUUGACGAGACAACGUUUCAGUGCGGCCGGCGGUACGUGCUACCUCAGACCGGCGGGCGAGGCCAGCAGCGGAUUGUGGGCGGGCAAGAGGCGACUCACGGUGCCUGGCCAUGGAUGGUGGGUCUGAAGCUGAAGGACGGGCGACACUCCUGCGGGGCAACCCUGGUGGGCGACUGCUGGGUCGUCACAGCGGCACACUGCUUCCACAGACACUCGUGCGGGGCCACCCUGGUGGGCGACUGCUGGGUCGUCACAGCGGCACACUGCUUCCACAGGUACCGUAAGGAGGAGUACGUGGUGCGCGUGGGAGACUUCCACUACGCCCGGCGGGAGCCCUACCAGGAAGACUUCCUCAUAGACGACUUCUUCACGUACUUCUACGACCACGACUCGACCAACAACGACAUCGCGCUCAUCAAGCUUCAGCGCAAAGGAGGCCGCUGCGUGAAGACGGGACAGUUUGUUAACCCUAUAUGUCUGCCCGAGUCAGAAAACCAGUUCAGGGAGGGACACCCUUGUUAUAUUGCGGGCUGGGGAAGCGACGGUAAGUUCGUCUGUUGUCGGGUUGAAUAUAGGUCGGUGGUGGCGGGACUUGGUGGUGGAUACGGUGAGGUGGUUGCCAGAAGCGCGUCACAAAAGCAUAUGAAGAUCGGGAAAUCAUUAGAGAAUAGCGUAAUGACUGCAAACUGCAAACCAGUUCAUCAGGGAGGGACACCCUUGUUAUAUUGCGGGCUGGGGAAGCGACGGUCACGGCUAUUCGGCCACGUUGCGGCAGGCGCGAGUCCCCCUCAUAUCGCGCGACACCUGCCGCCGGCGCUACGGAUGGAAGUUCUGGACAACAUGUUCUGCGCGGGAGUCAUGGCGGGAGGCGUGGACUCGUGCCAGGGCGACUCCGGGGGACCGCUCAUGUGCGAGCAGAACGGUCGGUGGACGCUGUGGGGGGUGACGUCCUGGGGCUACGGAUGUGGCAUCAGGAACUUCCCCGGUGUCUACACCAGGGUUUCCCGAUUCACCUCCUGGCUCAACGGCAUCAUGGGUGGGGAAUGAUGACGUCGCCAACAUGUGUGUACACGUCAUCAUUCGUCACCCGAUUGUUCUU